ACUCGCAACGUAGGAGAAUGAAUUAAAAUGUUAUAAAAUAAAUGAAUCAAUUGAACAUAUGCGUUUAGGUUGUGGUAGGGCUGUCAAUUGGAUACAGACGGGCAAAGAAAAUCAAAAAUAGAAAACAUUUAGAUGUGGAUUUCAUACUGCAUGACCCGUUUGUUUACACCGAAUCGAAACAUGCACAUUGCAAGAGGGAAUAGAUUGUAUUUUCAAACACUUCACCCCUCUGUCUGUACCGCACAUGCGCGACGCCGGUGAUUUACAUUUGUUUAUUGAUUCGGUAGCAUUAUUUAUUUGGAUUUUGACCGUAAACGUCAUGACGAUUGUAAGAAUCUCGAGAAUUUUUAGUGAAUUUUUCUCUUUUUUAAGUUUUUAUUUUUAUUUAUUCGUUGAGUCAGUUAAACUCUUUCUUUUCUUGUCUACACCAAUACUUUGCGCUUAUUCCUAUUAUGAACUCUGGCAUGAGUAUACGAAUGGUGAACUUUCGCCACGGAUUUUACCUUAUGUACCACCUGGAGUUACGUACUCUUAUAUUUUAUUGAAUAUUGUAACAACAUGUGUUCAUUAUUUUCGAACUUUUGAUGCCAAUCUAUUCUGGUACUGGCAUUUCUGGAACUUCUUACUCUGCGAAUCGUGUGCAUACCUAUCGAUUUUAAAAUUUUUGAUGACAAAACCUUUCGAAUUGGAUGAAGAAAGAGAUAUUUUCGAUUUGAUGCAAACUAUUUUGUGUUUGCUCUCUAUCAUCGCAUAUAUGACCAUGAACAGUUUGAAUCAUCUUAUGAUGACUUAUUGUGCAUAUCGUGAUACUAGAGAGCAACAUCCAAGUUUUUCGUGCAAACUAAGGUCCUUCCAUCUGUUUUUCUGUGCGAUUGUGUUUCUCUCGUCCCAUCUGCUCGCAAUGAUCAAAUCGUACCCAGAAACUAUUUGUAUGUUUCAACUCCUGUUUUGUUUUCAGGUUUUCUGCGAAAUGUCGUAUUUCGAAUGGGGACAAGAAGCUUGCAUAGAAAACGGAAUAAAGAAGUUCUUUACCCGUCCGGAAAUGUCCAAGAUAUGGUUUUUCAGUUAUUCAUCUUCUGUAAUGGUGCUAUUGCUAAGAAUUUUCCUCAUCUCAGUCAAAGAACAUUUUGAAGGAAGAGAUGGCCAAUAUAAAGGGACUCCGUAUAAUCCAAUUUAUUCAGUGUUUACUGGGACUGUGUGGCUUUUCUCAAUUGCUCGGAGUAAAACAAUAAAAGAGAGAAUGGAAUUUUUUUAUGAUCAAUCCGAACUUUAUGUUACUGAUAACCGAAUGCGCAAUGCGUGUGUAUUUUAUGCAAAAGUUUUUACACAUUUAGACCUGAAAUAGAUUUGUAGUACAUUUGAUUCAAAUACAUACAAAGUGUUUGUGCAUAAUUGACAAUUUUGUUUAUCCAAUGCAAAAAAAAUCACAAUAAUGCUUCAAAAAACACCAGUUAUUGUUGUUGCUCGAUACAUCAGAUGGCGUUGUCAUCUGACCAUGAUGAUUAUUUCUUUGGAUAGUUCUCUCGCUCCUAACGGUAUACAUGGAAAAAAUCUUUUGAAUUUUCGUGCUAUUUCCGCAGCUUGAAAUUAUCAUUCUAAGUAUGUAAUAAGUAUUUUUCGUUUACUUGGAAUCUUCAAGUACGAGUACUUUUAAAAGAUGCAUGAAUAUGUUUAACCGUUAUUUUUCCCCUAUGU